AUGUCGACCAACGCCAAAGUCAAACCCGGCCAGCUCUGGGGCAAGUCCAAAGACGACCUGAAGAAGCAACUCGACGAGCUCAAGACCGAGCUGGGACAAUUGCGCGUGCAGAAGAUCGCCGGCGGUGCCUCAUCAAAAUUGACAAGAAUACACGACCUCCGCAAGUCCAUUGCCCGCACCCUGACCGUGAUCAACGCAAACCAACGCCAUCAACUCCGUCUGUUCUAUGCGAAGAAGAAGUACCUGCCCCUCGAUCUGCGACCCAAGUUGACCCGCGCAAUCCGUCGCCGACUGUCGAAAAAGGACGCCAGCAGGGUCACGGAAAAGCAAAAGAAGAAGCAGACGCACUUCCCCGCACGAAAAUACGCUGUCAAGGCCGAGUAA